AGCAGCUAGAGAGAAGAUGCUAGACUUGUGCUGCAUUGUGUUACUAUUAUUUUUUCAGAAUGGCGAUUUACAACCUUUGAAUAAUACAAAAAGCACGACGUUAGGCGGAAAAGAACAGAAAAUCAUAGAUGAUUUAUUGAGCCACUAUGAUAAAAGAGUUUCUCCCACAGAUGCUGUAGGCGAAGGUCCAGUUCUAGAUACUGUACAGUUGUACAUAUUAAGCUUGGACUCCUCGGGUGAUUCAUCAAUGGAUUUCAAGAUGAGCUUCUUUUUGCGACAGAGGUGGAAGGAUGUUCGAUUAAGCCACAAUUUUAGUGGCAUCUCCGUGCUUGAACUUCAUCAUUCGGCCAUCGAAGCUGUCUGGGUUCCCGACAUUUACUUUGUCAAUGAAGAGACGGCCCAUUUUCAUAGUGUUUCUGUUCCAAAUAAAAUGUUAAACAUAUAUCCCGAUGGUGAAGUGUCCUACAGCGUACGAGUUACAGGGACAUAUGCAUGCCACAUGGAUUUGCGAAAGUACCCCUUAGACAAACAAAUAUGCUCUGUGUCAAUAGAAAGCUAUGGACAUAGUACAAGGUCAUUGUUGGUUCGCUGGAAAAUACCACCAGUCGUUCUCAGCAGAAACAUUAAGAUGACUCAGUUCACUAUUGUGAAAACAGUACCUUACACGUGUGAUCAACAAUAUAUGGAGCAUAACUAUUCCUGCAUUAAACUUGACCUGCACAUGACAAGGAUGAAUGGAUUUUAUUUUAUUCAUAUGUAUGUGCCCUCCAUCCUUAUCGUCAUGCUUUCCUGGAUUUCUUUCUGGCUCGAUAUCGAGGCUACAGCAGCAAGGGUUUCCUUGGGAAUUCUCACAGUACUAGCAAUGACGACACAGAAUAAUUUUACGGAUAUCCAACAUGUGUCAUAUGUAACAGCUAUGAAUGUGUGGACAGCUGCGAGUCUUGCUUUCGUUUUUCUUGCUGUUGUUGAAUAUGCUUAUAUAAAUGUUCACACUCGAAAACAUAUCAGAAAGACAAUGACAAAUGCAACCAGUACAAUUUCUAUGAACACCACAAAUCACAAAAUUAAUAACAACAUUAUAACCAUUCCGAAUGUAGAAGCAAAAAGUAUUCAGGGUUCUGGGAAAAAAUAUAUUCUUAACAACAUGGAUGUGGACAACAAGAGAGGAAGAAGAGUGGACCGCUACGCACGCUUCGCUUUCCCAAUUUGCUACAUUUUGUUCAACAUCGUAUACUGGUCUUUUUAUAUGGUAUGGGAACCUGUAAAAGAUACAGCUCCGUGAAGCAUACUGACAAUUUGUACAUGUUGUAAGAUGCCUUUUUGUCGGUGUUCAGUAUGUAGAACGAAGAGUGUCUCAUGAUCAAUAUGAUGUCGAAAGAACUUCCAAAAAAAAAACUUAAGUGAUCUCAGAUUUCUCACUUAAAACACGUCUUUGUGUCAUAUAAAAUCUAUAUGUAUUAUGUAUGAUAUUUAUUUGUAUCAUGUUUACAAUUAUGUCAAGCUAAAAAGUCACCUGGAGAAACUUUGGCAGUUAUCCUCAAAA